AAAGAAUCGAUUUACACGUUUCACACUAGAGAAACGAUUUCAACCCAUGUUAUUUAUUAAGAUUUUUCUCGUUGAUCGAGUGAUCCUAGAAAAUGUCGUCAUCCAACUAUACUUCGUCCGAUGAUGAAGAUAAGAAGCCAAAGGUUUCUGAUGAUUCUGAUGGCUCUGCCAAGAAAAGUAAAAAGCGACCAACACGAAAUACAAGCAACAAGGCGAUCAUCGAAAGUGCUGGCUCUUCUGAUUCGGACAAUACUGACUCGGAUGAUGGCUCCGACAGCGACGGUGGACGUGCUGCCUCGAGUCGAAAACGAAAAGGAUCUGCGUCAUUGGGGAAGAAGGGAGCUGCUUCUACAAACGCUAAGCGAAAGCGGGCCAUGAGUGAAGAAAGCGAUCGGGGUGAGAUGGAUGACGAUUUGUUUGCUGACGAAGAGGAUCGAAGGCAAGUAAUGGCUAUGAAUGAGAAGGAUCGAGAACAAGAGAUUUUCAACCGUAUGGAACAACAAGAAAUGCGUCGGACAAGAAAGCAAAUAGAGGAAAAGUUGGCAGCUGCUAAGAAUGCAUCUGCUGGAGGUACGGAAAAGAAAGAUAAAAAAGAGAAGAAAGAAAAGAAACGUAAGGAGGAAAAGAAGAGGAUCAACGAAAGCGAUAGCGAUGAAGAAAAACCUCAGUCCUCUCGAGCCCAUACCUCGCAUAAUACAGCCAAGACCAAAGCUGCUCCUGCUUCAGAUACUGAUUCUGAAGUAGAUAUGAAAUUCCAUCGACCAUCAGACAUUCAUAAAAAGGCCACACAAAAGAAUGCUAUGGCAGAUCUUUUGGCCAAGAGAAAAGAUAAGGAAACCAAAGCAGCAAAGAAAGCUGCGCUUUCCUUCGAUGCCGUGUUUGGAAAAGACGAUAGUGAUGGCUCAUCCUCAUCGUCGUCAUCUUCUUCGUCGAGCGCUUCAUCGAGAUCGUCUUCUCGGGAGUCUUCACCUAGGAGAGAUGCGGGUAGCGAAGAUGACGAAGCAAAAGCUGAGGCUAGACGGGAGGUGGAAACGGUGCAGGAGCUAGCACGAGCUCGAAUGUCUCGGUACAAAAUUGCAAAAAUUGUUUAUGCUCCAUUCUUUGCGAAGACUGUUAUUGGCUGUUUUGUGCGAGUCGGAGCUGGUGGAUAUGCGGGAAAGUCCCGAUAUAGGCUUUCCCAAGUUAUGGAUGUGGUGGAAAUGAAUAGAGUUUAUACUUUCGACAAUCUCAAGACCAACAAGGGAUUGAAACUGAAAUAUGGCACCGAUGAACGUGUUUUUCGCAUCGAAUUCGUUUCGAAUGCUGAAUUUGGCCAAGAAGAGUUUUCUGAUUGGAGAGCUGUCACCAAAGAAGAGUGCGGUUCGUUACCGACUAUGGACCAUAUAGAAAAGAAGGAGCAAGAUAUCAAGAAAGCCAUGAAUUUCAACUACACUGAUGAGGUUAUAGAAUAUAUAGUGAAUGAGAAAAAGAAGUUUUCUGAUACGGUGAAAAACUUCGCCAUGACAAAAGGCGAGCUAAUGAAGAAGAAGGAAAUCGCCGAACAAACAGGCGACCAUGAAGCAGCACGUCGUAUUCAGCGUGAGUUGGAGGAAUUGGACUCAAGGGCAGAACGAGCGGAGAAAAAGCGAUGUGCGGAUAUAUCAGCGAUCAACUGGAUAAAUCAACGAAAUCGUAAUAAGAUGAAGGAACAAUUCUUGAGUAAUAAAGUUGAGAUCGAUAUCGAAAUGCAGGAUGAUCCAUUUACGAGAAAAAAGGAAAGGAUGAAGGUAGUAGCUGGUAAAUCGGGAGCUGCUGCGCUGGAACAUGCUGCAAGCACAUCAACAGCCACAUCAUCUACUCUUGCACCGAAAACUACCACACCUAGUGGCCGGCCACCAGUGCAGUCAAAAAGUGCUAGCAAUCUGUUCGAUUUGCACAGUAGCAUAAAGAAGAUCGAUUUGGAUAUAGACUUAGGAAAGCUAACAAGACCAGCGACAAGUAGUGCGCGACUAGAGGAUACGUUACAUUUGCCAACACCUCGUCCUACAGCGCCGCCACCUUCUUCAGGAACAAGACCAUUAUCGUUGGAAGAUUAUCGGCGACGUAAGGCUGCAGCGGCUCACGCACAGUAAUGUAAGACCUUUAUUUACUAAAUUUUGAUCGUAUUGGUUUUUUCAAAUAUGUGUGUUCGCAUACCCUGAUAGUGAUUGUGCUUCAAUAUUUGGUUUUAUUCGGUAUUUCCUCAUCAUACGUUCAAUUCUAGAAUUUGGUUUUUUGAGCUUAUCAUAAUGUAUUUUGUGUCGUUCUAUGUGUAUUUUGUACCGUAAAAAAUUAUGAUAUGGUCAAAGCAGCAAAAUUAUUAGGUUUUGUGAAUGUGUGAUUAGUGCGCAAUGAGCGGCUAUCGAUUAGCGUAUCGAUUGCUUUUAAUUUAAUGUCUUACAUGUUUGUCGAAUAUUUAUCGAUUAUAGUGUUGAAUAAAG